AUGACGUUUCACCUUACGGUCCGAGCACUCUCUUUCUCCUCGGGCGGUAACCCGUAUGUAGAUCGGAGUGAAGCCUACGACUUUCGGGUGAAGCAAGUCUCGACGAUGGCCAAACCUCCGCCACCACCUGAACCUCUGGAUCCCCCGGACCCUCCGUGGUGUGGCCCAUAUUCUUUUUCUUUGCUAAUGUGGCUGCAUCGUCGAUGUCUCCCCCUUGCUCACCUCGCCAAUUCCCAAGUCGUAGGCUUCACCUUUUGCUCCUUCGACGGCGAAACCCAAUCUCCGCCCAUAUCCCAACCCGUCUCCGCCGGCGCAUCCCUCAUCGGGAAAGCUAUCACCGUAGCUCUGGAGCACGCUCCUCCGCUCCUGGGCUAUCACCACCUCUCUCGCUUCAUCCUCACCGUUACUGAGCCUCCAUCACUGUCCACGGAUCUAACUCCUGCUUUUCCGGCGACGAGAUCUUGUGGCGCAGAUCCGCCGUCUCCCCCUCAUGAUCUCACCUUCMGGUGCUGUAAAAUCGAACGCUCUGGAAGGGGCUCUAAGAUAUCGAAUCUCUGA